AUGGUCGAUAUAUCACUCCUAACCGCUCAAUACUCCCAACAAGUUGACCCUCCGCGCCUCUCCAUCCCCCAUGGUCGCGAUCUGGUCUCCCCCACGACGCAAUCCGCCAUCUACGAGACCAUGUUCGACGACACCAGAACCUGGCCGCUCCCCCCAGUACCAUAUCAAACGCGAGUGUUGAAGAUGAUUCUCUCGCGCAUUGAAGAAUCCAUCUGCGAUCCCGAGGAGGAUGAAAUCCUCGACUCCCUCCUCGAAAAAUGGACCUCCCUGCUCUCCCACCCUAAACCCUCCGCAAUCCAACAAGCCCAACAACUCUCGGAUAUAAAAUACACCGCGCCCACAGGAGAAGAACGAGAACCCCGCAAAACGGUCAUAACUCGCGAAUCGCGCGGGCUGAUUCUCGCCGCCGGCACAACCGGCUUCCGAACCUGGGAGGCAGCCCUCCAUCUAGGCUCGUAUCUCGCCACGGACGCAGGCGCAUCGCUUCUCCGUGGCCAGCGGGUGCUGGAACUCGGUGCGGGAACGGGGUUCUUGUCGUUAUUCUGCGCCAAGUAUCUCGGGGCCGAGAGUGUGUUUGCGACGGACCGCGAGCCUGCGCUGAUUGAGCAGAUUAAUCACUGUAUUGGGCGGAAUGGAUUACAUGGUGGGAUACAGGCUGGGAUUUGGGAGUGGGGGGGUCCGUUGUUGAUACCUUCUUCUUCUUCUUCUUCUUCUUCUGGUGUCCGAUUCGAUAUUGCCCUCGGAGCAGAUCUGAUAUACGACGUCGAUCUCGUGCCGCUUCUUGUCUCUACCAUCGAGGAUCUAUUCAACAACUACUCCCUAAAGCAGUUUAUCAUCUCCGCGACCCUGCGGAAUGAAGAGACCUUUGCGACGUUUAUAGAGACUUGUUACCAAAAUAACCUGCUCGUCGAUCGGAUCCCGUUUGAGUCGACGACGGAGGAGACCCAAACGGGGUUUUUCCAUUCCACGGCGAUUCCGAUUCGAACCUAUCGGGUUUCGAGAGCUUAGCUUGCGUACGAAGUUACCUACGAGGUACUACUCGUAGUACGAGAAAGUCUCUGGUACUUGAUUAUAAAUAAAAAUGGAAUGAUUAACCAAGACAAGAGAAAAAGUUCCAAGUAUGUGAUAACGUUUUCUGGUUCCCGAUUCCCGAUUCAGGCUCAGGUUUAGUAUAAGUACAAUAUAAGUCAAGUAUAAGUCAAGUAUAAGUGAGUAUAAGUCAAGUAUAAGCAAGUAUAAGUAAAUAUAAGCAAGUAUAAGUGAGUACAAGUGAGUACAAGUAUAAGUGAGUACAAGUGAGUACAAGUAUAAGUACAUGCAUACCUGGUAACCAGCAAAAUGAAUCCCAAGACUGGUUGAGAUGUAAUAUAUAAGACGAAACGAAUCAAGG